AUGACGCCUACCAACCAGCUCCUGCCGCAGUAUAUAACAUAUACUGACCUUGAUCCGUCAUUCGACCGCGAAAUUCGCGAUGUGCACUUAUUGUACGACUAUAACGCCCAGGAUAAGAGUGGAAAGCCAGAAAGAUGGCGGUACGAGAUGUGGUUCUUCUCGGACUCACGUAUUGUUUAUGCCAUCCGCAGUGGGCCCAUGGCGGGGCGUGUGAGCUACCAGAAGGCAACGUACCAGUGUGUCAGGCCUGGAGAAGUGUGGCAGGUGAACUGGCUGGAGGAGACCGGCACCGUCUGCUCCCUCGUUUAUGACAUCUCUCGGAGCCGAAUUACCACGCUCGUCUCGCUGUCCAAAGGUCACUGGGAGCAAACAGAACAGGCACGUGGAGACAAGCGCAACGCAAAAGACUUUGAACGAUGUCGUCAACUGAGUAAGAUGGGAAACCAGACAGAGAGAGUGAUGUUAUCCGUGCAAGCAGAUAUUAUAGAGAGGUUCAAAGGUGGAGGGGACUUACUUGCUAUCUCCGAAGACGCCCCUACGUUGUAA